CAGGCCGUACCAGCUCACAUAAUCUUCACCAUCAGGGCCCAUUCGCCAGUAACCGAAUAGGAUCAAUUGACCUUCCUGUUUUGGCAUUUUUACUCUUUUCACAACAAUUGAAGUUUUGCUUUCUUGUGGAAACGAUUACUUCGGGCUCCUAUUCCAAUGUAACGGCAGGAAUGUAGCCUGGUGUGUAGCCUUCAAAAAUAACCUCCAUGCUAGACAUAUAACUACGACUCUCUAUUCAUCUUCUCACUUAGCGACCAUCAACACCUCACUACAUUAUCUCAGAUAUACCUCCAACUUCCAAAUUCCGGCCCCCAAUCCAGCACCAUGCUCCUCACACACCUCGCUCUCCUCGGCUUAGCUUCGGCGGCCCCAACCCUUCUACCCCGCCAGGAAGACACCAACUACGGCUUCUGGGACGCCACAUAUACCACUGAAGGCUUCGCCACUGGCUCCAGGGUCCAACUCGUCGCUGUAUAUUCCAACCCGACGCUGGAGAGCAGCAUUACAACGACCUGUAGGGAGACCGAUAUCCGGGGUGUUACGACCCGCGACUGUCCGUCGUAUUUCACGUGGAGCAUUGGUGCUCCGUUCGGGGAAGGACGCACAUCGACACUCAAGAUCUCCCAAGUUGUGGAAUUAGGGGGAGAGCAGGUUACUUUGUACGGAGCGUCUCUGGUGGAGAUUGGGUCUGGGCCUGCGCCAAAGGGAUCGAAUGCGAAGGGACGGAUUGAAGCUGGGAUAAUGCCUGUGUAACUUGUCAGUUGUAGCUAGACUUCUGCUUUGGGUGCAGUUUUUACUAGUAUUGACGCUUGUUUCUACAGCUCGGGGCGAAGCCAGUUCUGUCAAAAGACAUCACGAAGGAAUAGUUUUAGUUAAUGAUCUCGCUCUGUAGAGAAG